UUUUGGUUUUGAAAGUGCGAAGUUGAAACAUGUUAUUAUAUGAUGUAACCAAAAAAAAAAAAAAAAACAUGUUGUUAUGCGUUCAUGAAACGGAAGAUUGUAGUUAGCAGCGAAUCAGAAAACGACGGCGUACCGGCUCACAUACAAUAUCGCCUAAAAAUAACCACGCACGCGAUUGGAUCCAUCAUUUGAGAUUUUCAUGGCGUCAAGUUUUGAUCGUUGGGAAAAAGAUCCUUUCUUUAACGCCGCCGAAGAAGUUCAAGAAUCUGCAGACAGGGUAGAAUCUAUUUAUAGGACAUGGAUUCACGCCGUCAAAGAUGCAUCCAGCCCUUGGAACUCUGUUGAACUCCGCAGAGAUCUUCAUACCGCCCUCGGCACCGCUAAAUUGCAGUUAGAUGAGUUUCAACGGGCAGUCAGAUCAAGUUAUAGCAAAAGCUCGAGUAAUGAUACUAGAAAUAGGCACCAAGAUUUCCUUGUGGCUAUUGAUGGCAAGGUUUCAAAAGUGGAGCAUUUGUUACAACUGCAAGAGUCAGUGCCUUUAGGUAGCAACAAGGUGUCUCCGCCUUGGGUGUCGCUGGAUGAAGGAGAGCGAAAUGAGCUAGCGUCAUUUCUUUCAGGGAUGCCAAUGCCGUCUGCUGGUGGCAAACCUCCCCUUAAAUGUACUUGUAGAGACGGUGAAAAUCCACAAUUAAGUGAUGCAAAUUCAUUUAGAGCGAUGGAGGAGGAGAAACAGCAUGGACAUCGCAGGGUGGCUAGUGCUGAUGUUGAUAUUAGUUCUUGGAAGAUCGCCGUUUUGGAUGAUGUGCAACAAUCAACGUCCUCUAAUGAUUCUUCUGGUCCUCUGCAUAAGGUAGCCAGUCUCUCUGGAUUUUUUAGUUCCGUGGAAUCCAUCUCUAAGUUUAAGUGGCCUAAGAAUGGUUAUAGGAAGCUGAAAGCAGGGUAUCAUCAUCAAGAAAUUGAUAAUGCACUACUACCGUCAACUGAAUUCAAUGGGGCCACCAAUGAAAGAAGUAAGAGUUGCGUAAGUAGGUGUGAUGAAUGUUAUGAUAAGCCACUUCACGGGUGGUAUGGGGCUUUCCAAAGACAACUUCAAAGAUCUCAAUAUCAAAUGCAAUACAACCGGCCUGUGCAAUUGACUGUCUGGAUUGUUAUCAUCCUUUGCUUCAUUGUUUUAAUUGCAUUUUGUGCAAUGUAGAAGGGAAGAUAUAGAUGCAUCUUAUGUCAGUUUUUGUAUGUUUCCAAAUUGGGGAUAUAUAUAGACAGUCAGAAGUUCGUAUAAUCUAUGAUGUCGCUUAAGCAAGCGAGAGGUUUUUUACGGUUCUCACUAGCAUACGAGGUGUCAAUAUAACACGUAAAGUGCUUUGAGAUAAUUAUUUAGAGCAUUGUUUGAUACAUAGAUGUACCACUUCUUUACUAUUUUUUUGUCUUUUCCCCAUGUUCUCAUGAAUAAUUGUGUUUCUUCUCUGUUCACAAGUUGUACAUGCCAAAGUGAAUCGGCCUACUAACUGUUGUAAUGUAUAUUAAAGUAUGCCUUCUCGGUAUGAGAAUUGUAUAUAAUGUACGAAAACAUUAAGUUUUGUACAUACAAAUUGAGAUUGAAAUGUACUAUCUUCAUUCAUGUGAAUUCACAAGCACAGAGGCGCCCCUGGAACUUUGAAGUUAGGGCUAA